CCCUCCGUCAGGCCAGCGUUAGCCCUUUACGCGAACACGUGGGUGCAGGGGUGUGGGAUUCCUCUCUUUCCAUCCGCUUUCUUCACAUCUGUAGAGCUGGAUCAGGUUUCCAUAGUGUUGUUGAAUUGCAGUCUAGAUGACUGUUGUGAGGGAGGUGACCGAGGUGGUGAGGGCCUAGAGCGCGAGUGACGUCAAUCUCCGCCACUCAUCCCUCUCCAUUGGGCCGAAUGCAAUGACCUCUACUCCAGACUCUAGACGUCGAUCCUGCGACAAACGUGCCUUUGAAGCACUCAAACAAUGAAAACGCAAAAUGACAGUCUCAGCAUCCUUCGACGUGAUCGGCACAUGCUUCGAUUUUGAAGUGCCCAUCAGAGCUAUCUACGACCGACUGGGCGAGAAGCUCUCCACCGCAAAGUCCGAUCCAAAGACCUUGUUCUUCGCAUGGUUCUACGCCGCACAGCGAGACUUCACAUACGUCUCCCUCGCAGGCGACUACACGCCGAUCGCUGAAGUCCUAAAAUUGACAUUCAAACGCGCAUGCCUGAUCGUCGACCUCCCAGCCGACGCAGUAAGCGACGACGACAUCGCCUUCAUCAUGAAAGCAUUCAAGAGCAUGGGACCGCGCGAAGGACUGAAAGCUUGUUUCGACGGCCUCCGGUCUGCGGGCUGGGACGUGUAUGCCGUGACUAACGGCGGUGUCGAGACCUCCUUAGCGUACUACCACGCCGCACAUAUUGAGCUAGAUGAGGCUCAUUUGCUGUCCUGCGAUGAUCUGAAGAUUGCGAAGCCAGAUUUCAAGGUUUAUGAGCGUGCACAGGAUCAUUUGACGAAGCAGGGGCUGGGCGAGAAAGGGGAUGGGAAGAGAUGGUUUGUUGCGGCGCAUGCGUGGGAUUUGAUUGCGGCGAGGAAGGCGGGGUUUAAGACGGCGUAUCUGGAUUUUGAAGAGCAUGAUCCGGUUACGGAGGUUUUUGGGGAGUUCGACUUGUAUGCAAGCAGCAUGAAAGAGCUAUUGCAGAAGUUGAAGGAAGCCAAAUGAGCAGGUUACCCCCAGCGGGAUUGCGAACCAGAAGGUACGCAGCAUUGCUGGCCUCAAUCAUUCACUACUGUGUAUCAGGAGUACUUUUUGCAAUCGCUCUUGAUUUCAGUUUCGUAUUCUCCCACGAAUACUUUGAGCAAGGCUGCAUCCAAGGAUGUUCUAGAUGAUGGUGAAUGUCCGCCGAACAACAUCUC